UUUCAAAGAUGGCCGCCCUGUUGUUUUGAUGAAUAAUACUUGGUGGGGCGAGGGGGUAAGAGUAGGGGUGGAGGGGUAGGAGGAUUUACGCUACCAGCGAGAGCACCGCCAGUCCCAUCCUCCCCCUCCCCCCUGCCCAGGCUCCAGCGUGGAGGAGGGGCGUGUCGGGCCUGCUUUUCGAGAGGAGGGGCUUCCCUGUACAGUGCUGGGCUCUGCCAGGGCGGCUGUGGGGUCGCCUUACCUCGGGGCAUCCACCCCUCGGGCGAGCAGUUCCCGCCUGGGGCAGAGAGCCGGAAGGAGGGCCAGAGCUGCUGGAGAAAACGCAGCUGCCGCGCCGCCACCAGCAAGACACAUCACGCUGGGGGCACGAGACGAGCUGGAGACAGCGCUGCCUGCUCGGGGUAACCUGGGAAGCUGAGGGUAGUGAGUGGCGACCCUGUAGCAGCAGCCCCGGCGGCCGGCGGAGGCUGCUCUGGGCACGAGCAGCUGUAGGAGUCUGGGGCGAUUGGAGUGACCGAAGCCAAGGCAGACCAGUGCCUCGUGUUCUUAUUUUUUAACCUCUGACUAUGCAAUUCUGAAACCUCCCCCAUUCGGGGGACCAGAGAGCCUGCUAGACACCUUCUACCCUCCUUCCUCUCGCCCUGGUCUCGAGAAUAGAAGGAUUUCUCCCUAACGCCUUUCACCAUUAAGAGGAAAGCGAUGGAGGAACUGAGCGCUGAUGAGAUCCGACGGCGGCGCCUGGCACGACUUGCUGGUGGACAGACCUCCCAGCCGAGCACCCCGCUUACCUCUCCCCAGAGGGAGAACCCUCCAGGGCCCCCGAUAGCAGCGUCAGCCCCAGGCCCCUCCCAGAGUCUUGGUCUCAAUGUCCACAACAUGACCCCAGCUACCUCCCCAAUAGGUGCAGCAGGAGUCGCCCAUCGGAGCCAGAGCAGCGAAGGAGUCAGCUCUCUCAGCAGCUCACCUUCCAACAGCCUCGAGACACAGUCCCAGUCUCUCUCCCGCUCCCAGAGCAUGGACAUUGAUGGCGUCUCCUGUGAGAAAAGCAUGUCCCAGGUGGAUGUGGAUUCAGGAAUUGAAAAUAUGGAGGUUGACGAAAAUGAUCGAAGAGAAAAGAGGAGCCUCAGUGACAAGGAGCCUUCCUCAGGCCCAGAGGUGUCUGAAGAGCAGGCCUUACAGCUGGUCUGUAAGAUCUUCCGAGUCUCUUGGAAGGAUCGGGACAGAGAUGUCAUCUUUCUUUCUUCUCUUUCUGCACAGUUUAAGCAGAACCCAAAAGAAGUGUUCUCUGAUUUUAAGGACUUGAUUGGCCAGAUUUUGAUGGAAGUGCUAAUGAUGUCCACUCAGACUAGAGAUGAAAACCCAUUUGCCAGUCUGACAGCCACAUCACAGCCCAUUGCAGCUGCAGCUCGGUCACCAGACAGAAAUCUUAUGCUGAACACUGGCUCCAAUCCAGGAACAAGCCCCAUGUUCUGCAACCUGGGUUCCUUCAGCGCCAGCUCUUUGUCUAGUUUGGGAGCCUCUGGUGGAGCAAGUAGUUGGGAUUCCUACAGUGACCAUUUCACCAUUGAAACCUGCAAGGAGACAGACAUGCUGAACUACCUCAUUGAGUGUUUUGACCGAGUUGGAAUAGAGGAAAAAAAAGCACCAAAGAUGUGCAGCCAGCCAGCAGUCAGCCAGCUUCUGAGCAACAUCCGCUCCCAGUGCAUAUCCCACACGGCACUAGUACUACAAGGUUCUCUCACACAACCAAGGUCCAUGCAGCAGCCGUCCUUCCUCGUGCCGUACAUGCUAUGUAGGAAUCUCCCAUAUGGAUUCAUUCAAGAACUGGUGCGAACCACUCACCAGGAUGAGGAAGUAUUUAAACAGAUCUUUAUCCCCAUUUUACAAGGCCUGGCUCUUGCUGCCAAAGAAUGCUCCCUGGAUAGUGACUACUUUAAGUACCCCCUCAUGGCAUUAGGUGAGCUCUGUGAAACUAAGUUUGGGAAGACACACCCUGUAUGCAAUUUGGUUGCCUCUUUGCCCUUGUGGUUGCCGAAAUCCUUAAGCCCUGGCUCUGGGCGGGAGCUGCAGAGACUCUCUUACUUGGGGGCCUUCUUUAGCUUCUCUGUCUUUGCAGAAGACGAUGUUAAAGUGGUUGAAAAAUAUUUCUCAGGGCCUGCCAUUACCCUGGAAAACACUCGUGUCGUUAGUCAAUCACUACAGCAUUACUUGGAGCUGGGAAGGCAAGAGCUUUUCAAGAUUCUGCAUAGUAUUUUGUUAAAUGGCGAAACCCGAGAGGCUGCUCUUGGUUACAUGGCAGCUGUCGUCAAUGCCAAUAUGAAGAAAGCACAGAUGCAGACAGAUGAUAGGUUGGUGUCUACGGAUGGAUUUAUGCUGAAUUUCCUUUGGGUGCUGCAACAGCUGAGUACAAAAAUCAAGUUGGAAACAGUUGACCCCACGUACAUAUUCCAUCCAAGAUGUCGCGUCACUCUCCCAAAUGAUGAGACUCGAGUGAAUGCAACAAUGGAGGAUGUGAACGACUGGCUGGCUGAACUCUAUGGAGAUCAGCCUCCAUUCUCUGAGCCGAAAUUCCCCACGGAAUGCUUCUUCCUCACCCUGCACGCGCACCACCUCUCUAUUCUGCCUAGUUGCCGUCGCUAUAUUCGCAGACUUCGGGCCAUCCGGGAGCUAAAUAGAACUGUAGAAGAUUUGAAAAAUAAUGAAAGCCAGUGGAAAGAUUCUCCGCUGGCAACUAGACACCGAGAAAUGCUGAAGCGCUGUAAAACUCAGCUUAAGAAACUGGUACGGUGCAAGGCCUGUGCUGACGCUGGCUUACUUGACGAGAGCUUCCUGAGAAGAUGUCUGAAUUUUUAUGGCCUUCUUAUUCAGCUGCUGCUCCGCAUCCUGGACCCUGCAUAUCCCGACAUAACACUGCCUUUAAAUUCAGAUGUCCCCAAGGUAUUUGCAGCAUUGCCUGAGUUUUAUGUAGAAGAUAUUGCUGAAUUUUUAUUUUUUAUUGUACAAUACUCUCCUCAGGUGCUUUAUGAGCCCUGCACUCAGGAUAUUGUGAUGUUCCUUGUUGUGAUGUUGUGCAACCAGAACUACAUCCGAAAUCCAUACCUCGUGGCCAAACUGGUAGAAGUCAUGUUUAUGACCAAUCCUGCUGUUCAACCACGAACCCAAAAGUUUUUUGAAAUGAUUGAGAACCAUCCUCUCUCCACCAAGUUGCUGGUACCUUCCCUGAUGAAAUUCUACACAGAUGUUGAGCAUACUGGAGCCACCAGUGAGUUCUAUGACAAGUUCACGAUUCGCUAUCACAUUAGCACCAUUUUUAAAAGCCUUUGGCAAAACAUAGCUCACCAUGGCACCUUUAUGGAGGAAUUCAAUUCUGGGAAGCAGUUUGUUCGCUAUAUAAACAUGCUGAUAAACGACACGACAUUCUUGCUGGAUGAAAGUCUGGAGUCCCUGAAGCGGAUCCACGAGGUGCAAGAAGAGAUGAAAAACAAAGAACAGUGGGCCCAGUUGCCGCGGGAUCAGCAGCAGGCCCGGCAGUCUCAGCUUGCUCAGGAUGAGCGUGUUUCACGCUCUUAUCUGGCCCUGGCGACAGAAACCGUGGACAUGUUCCAUAUCCUCACGAAGCAGGUCCAGAAGCCGUUCCUCAGACCAGAACUUGGACCCCGAUUGGCUGCAAUGCUGAACUUCAAUCUUCAGCAACUCUGUGGCCCAAAGUGCCGUGACCUGAAAGUUGAAAAUCCAGAGAAAUAUGGCUUUGAACCAAAGAAGCUUUUGGACCAGCUGACAGAUAUUUACUUGCAGCUGGACUGUGCCCGGUUUGCUAAAGCCAUUGCUGAUGACCAGAGAUCCUACAGCAAGGAACUGUUUGAAGAAGUAAUUUCAAAAAUGCGGAAGGCGGGGAUCAAAUCCACUAUAGCAAUAGAGAAGUUUAAACUUCUCGCUGAAAAAGUAGAGGAGAUAGUGGCUAAGAACGCACGCGCAGAGAUCGACUACAGUGACGCUCCGGAUGAGUUCAGAGACCCUCUGAUGGAUACCCUGAUGACUGACCCCGUGCGGCUGCCCUCCGGCACCAUCAUGGACCGCUCCAUCAUCCUGCGGCACUUGCUGAACUCCCCCACUGACCCCUUCAACCGGCAGACGCUGACUGAGAGCAUGCUGGAACCAGUGCCAGAACUGAAAGAACAGAUUCAGGCAUGGAUGAGAGAGAAACAGAACAGCGAUCAUUAACCGUCCCCCUCGCCCCCUCUGCUGGGAGCAGCCAAGGCCAGCGAGGCAGGCAGAAGCAGCAUCCGCGGUGCAACUGUUGCUCAAACAUCAGAGGCAUCUGGCCAGAUGCGGCCAAAUUCCCGAGAGCCCAGCCCAGUGACCAAACAGUAGAGAUCUGGAGGGACAUGAAUGAGAAGAGGAGCCCAAUUCCUGUACAUAUAUUUAAGUGACAGACACAGUCAAAAGCUCAAGGGACAGGUUUUAUGGUUGCUUGCGUAAUAAAGCAUGUCCUUCCAUGUCACGAUUUGGGGCUUUUGCAGUGGAAGUCUUUUAGUGAUGGCAAAUGGGCCUGGGCAGCAUCCCCUUCAUCUUUUGUUGUUGAGUUUUUUUUGUUUGUUUGUUUUUUCUGUUUUUUUUUUUUUUUUUAAUCCAAUAUCCGUUGAUUUGAUUGUGAUUAGAGAACUCGGACAUUUUGCUGCUAAAGAAUCUUUUCCCUUCUCCCACUUCCUGCCCCUACUUGCACUGCUGUGGAUUUUUUUUUAAAAGAAACAAAAACAAAUUCCUUUCCCCACCCUCCAAACAUAUAUUCUGUGAGAUAACUGUGCCUGCGACAAAGUGUUAAUCCUGGGAUCGUAUUUUUAUAUCAUAUUCUCAUAUUUGUUUUUUUAAUUGGUGUUAGAUGACAUGAUUAAUAAAAAAGGCAAGAUAUUUUCAGAAUUUGAAUUUCAGUUUUUUUUUUUUUUCCUUUUGAGAUGUCCCUUUUAAAUUUUUUUUAUUAUAAUCAACAUGAAGAGAAUCCUGUUGCUCUGGUCCUUAUAACAAGCCCUCUGUUAGGAACUAAAGGAGCAAUUGCAGCAGAUGCUGAGGGAUAUCAGGACUUAGCAACUGAUGGUUUUGGGGGGUGAGGGUUGGUCUUUUUAAUGCUGUGUGACAGUUUAAAACCUUUACCGUUAUCCUAUGAGGGUAAAUAAAUUGCUCUACCCUUGAGUCUGAGUUUGAGGCAGGGUUCGUUUGUAUGAUGUGUCCUUUGGGGUUUGGCCUUACCAAAGCAAAAAAGGGUGCAAGAAAUGUGGAUGUUGGUGUGCUUGUUUAAACACUCACAGCCAGCCACACACACACACGCACACGGCAAAGGCGUUUUGUAUUACCGCUCCCAAGUAACAUACUUGAAUUCUUGACUUUCCUUUGGGGUAAAAAAGGAUUUGAAACCAUAAAGUGUUUUGAAGAAAUUAAGUCUACAGAAACAUACUUUCUCUUUUCUUUUCCUUUUUUCCCCCUCCACAGACCAUGUCCUCUGUUCAGUUCCUAACGCAAACUACAAUAAACGGUGAUACACACACACAA